AUGGUCCAGAAAAAAUACUGCCGCUGUUUAAUUGAUUCUGGGAGUCAACGAAGCUAUGUAUCUAAAUUCUUAGCUAAUGCUAUGCAGUACGAAUGUAUUAACGAAAGCAGUGUGAUUCAUAGUCUGUUCGGAGGAACUGAAGUGGUUGAAACUCAUAAACAGUUCGUUGUACGUUUAAGUAGUAUCAAAAACGAUUAUCAGUGUAACUUCAAAGCUUUUGAUCAAGCGAAUAUUUGUUCUGAUAUUCCACAAUUGAACAUCAAGCCUUAUUUAAAUGAGUUAAAAACCCAUAACAUAUUUUUGAAUGAUGUUGAAGGUAGGCAUAAAAAAUUGUUGUUCGAGCAUUCUCCUUCUGAAAUUCAUAUCCUCAUAGGCGCAGACAUAGCGGGAAAAUUGCUUACAGGGAAAAUAAAGAAGUUAGAAUGUGGAUUAGUUUGCAUUGAAACUUAUUUAGGCUGGAGUAUCAUGGGGAAAAUUCCCGUAGAAAUGGAAAAUAAAUAUGAUUGUUCUUAUGCAUUUUCUAUGUUAGUAUCAGAUAGUAAAAUUUCUGAUUUAUGGAAACUUGAUACUCUUGGGAUAUUAGACCCUUCAGAAAGUCAAACUAAAAGGGAAUUAGAAAAACAAACAAUGACACAUUUUCUUUCCAAUGUGAAAAGAGAUGAAGAAGGAAGGUUUCAAAUGAUGCUUAAUAUUGAUUCUGAAUUGAAAUUAUCCUUUCAUAUAUUUUGUGAUGCAUCCCGAAUGGCAUAUGCAACCUGCGUUUAUUUAAGAAAUGAAAAUGAAAAUAAAGUUUCGUGUCAUUUAGUUCAAGCACGAUCUAGAGUUGCUCCUCUAAAACCCACAUCAAUUUGUAGACUAGAAUUAUUAGCUUGUGUUGUUGGUGCAAGAUUAAUGAAAUCUAUAAAACAAGAUUUGAAGGAAGAAAAUAUACCUACGUUUUAUUGGACAGAUUCAAGGAACACAUUGUACUGGAUUAAGAAUGAAGAAAAUUGGGGUGUAUUUGUUAUGAAUAGAGUGAAAGAAAUACGAGCUCUUACUAAUCCUGAUGCAUGGAAUUAUGUUCCUGGCAACUUGAAUCCUGCGGAUAUUCCGUCAAGAGGAUGUUCUGUUGAAACUAUUAAAGCCAAAAGAUGGCAUGAAGGUCCAGCAUGGUUGAAGUUGAAUCCAGACUGUUGGCCUACUUGUGAUAUUUCUCCUGACAAAGAUAUGAUUGAUCGAGAAAGAAGAAAAACAGUUGUAUCCUCGUUAACAAAUGUAGAUGAAGAAUUUUCGCAUUUCUCACGAAUUUCUUCUUUUGAGAAAAUAAUUAGAGUUACAGCCUUGGAUAAAAAGGUAUAUUGA